CCGGGCCAGCGCGCCCUCCCCGUGCCGCCGGAAGGAGGGCGGCUCCGCAGCGCGUGCGCCCCUCGCCAUGGCGGCGCCUUCGCGGCUCCUGAUACGCGGUGGGCGCGUGGUCAACGACGACUCCUCGCAGGUGGCCGACGUGCUGGUGGAGGACGGCGUGGUGCGGGCGCUGGGGCGCGACCUGCUGCCGCCCGGGGACGCGCCGGCCGGGCUGCGGGUCCUAGACGCCGCCGGCAAGCUGGUCUUGCCCGGCGGCAUCGACACGCACACGCACAUGCAGUUCCCCUUCAUGGGCUCGCGGUCCGUGGACGACUUCUACCAGGGCACCAAGGCUGCCCUGGCAGGAGGCACCACCAUGAUCCUUGAUUUCGCCAUUCCUCACAAAGGCCACUCCCUCAUCGAGGCCUUUGAGACCUGGCGAAGCUGGGCUGAUCCCAAAGUCUGCUGUGACUACAGCCUUCAUGUGGCGGUGACAUGGUGGAGUGAGCAGGUUAAAGAAGAAAUGAAAAUCCUUACCCAAGAUAAAGGUGUGAACUCCUUCAAGAUGUUUAUGGCCUAUAAAGAUCUGUACAUGCUGAGAGAUGGGGAGCUGUACAAGGUCUUCUCUCGGUGCAAGGAAAUUGGAGCAAUUGCUCAAGUUCAUGCAGAAAAUGGAGACCUAAUUGCAGAGGGAGCGAAGAAGAUGUUGGCUUUGGGGAUAACGGGUCCUGAGGGCCAUGAGCUGAGCCGCCCAGAAGCGGUGGAGGCAGAGGCCACGCUGAGAGCCGUCACCAUAGCCGGCGCCGUGAACUGCCCUCUGUGCGUCGUGCACGUGAUGAGCAAGUCCGCAGCAAGGGUGAUAGCAGAUGCCAGGAGGGAUGGGAAGGUGGUCUAUGGAGAACCCAUCACAGCAGGUCUCGGCACAGAUGGCACUCACUACUGGAAUAGAGAAUGGCCCCAUGCAGCCCAUCACGUUAUGGGUCCACCCCUACGACCGGACCCUUCAACGCCUGACUUCCUCAUGAAUCUAUUGGCUAAUGGUGAUCUAACCAUAACAGGGUCUGACCACUGCACUUUCAACACCUGCCAGAAAGCUCUUGGGAAGGAUGAUUUUACUAAGAUUCCCAAUGGAGUGAAUGGUGUUGAAGACCGGAUGUCAGUAAUAUGGGAAAAAGGCGUGCACAGUGGCAAAAUGGAUGAAAACUGGUUUGUGGCAGUUACCAGCACAAAUGCAGCUAAAAUCUUUAAUCUGUAUCCAAGAAAAGGAAGAAUAGCUGUGGGCUCAGAUGCUGACAUUGUGAUUUGGGACCCAAAAGCCACAAGGACCAUUUCGGCAAAAACUCAUCAUCAGGCUGUUAACUUCAACAUCUUCGAGGGCAUGGUGUGCCAUGGGGUGCCCCUGGUGACUAUUUCAAGAGGCAAAGUGGUGUAUGAAGCUGGAGUUUUCAAUGUCACAGCAGGAGACGGGAAGUUUAUUCCUCGUAAACCAUUUGCUGAGUAUAUUUACAGACGGAUCAAGCAGCAGGACCAGGUAAAAUCAGAGAAAAGGAUGCUGCCAUUCCCAUCCCAGUUAAACGUUGUCAGCCCGUGGAGAAGCAGGCCUUAUUUCAACUCCGCAAGAUCCUUUUGAAAAAAUAAUCGCUCUAGGUUUCUUUGAUUUCCUUUCAGAAGCAAUUGCCGCCUUUCUUACUGUGACUUUGUUGCUGUGUAAGAUUGAAGAUAUAAAUGAAUAUUAUUAUGAUAGAAAGUCUGUGUGAAAAUUCACUGAUGAUACUUUAAAAUGUCAUCUUUGCUUGCACCAGAUUUCUCACUUUGAAUUUUUAAAAAUCACUUUCUUGUUUAAAGUUUUUUAAUGGCUACAUUUGUUUAAAAAUAGCUAACUCUGUGAUUUUACAUUCUAUUGUAAUUCGUAAGCAUUUAGAUCUUUACUGUAAUUAAUAAACAUUUAGAUCUUCAUUUUA